CUACUGUGAGGGGAUGAAGGUGCUCCCUGCAUCUGGCCUUGCUGUCUUCCUCAUCAUGGCUUUGAAGUUUUCCACUGCAGCCCCCUCCCUAGUUGCAGCCUCCCCCAGGACCUGGAGGAACAACUACCGCCUCGCACAGGCGUAUCUUGACAAAUAUUACACAAAUAAAGAAGGACACCAGAUUGGUGAGAUGGUUGCAAGAGGAAGCAAUUCCAUGAUAAGGAAGAUUAAGGAGCUACAAGCGUUCUUUGGCCUCCAAGUCACCGGGAAGUUAGACCAGACCACAAUGAACGUGAUCAAGAAGCCUCGCUGUGGAGUUCCUGAUGUGGCCAAUUAUCGCCUCUUCCCUGGUGAACCCAAAUGGAAAAAAAAUACUUUGACAUACAGAAUAUCUAAAUACACACCUUCCAUGAGUUCUGUCGAGGUGGACAAAGCAGUGGAGAUGGCCUUGCAGGCCUGGAGUAGCGCCGUCCCUCUGAGCUUUGUCAGAAUAAACUCAGGAGAAGCGGAUAUUAUGAUAUCUUUUGAAAAUGGAGAUCACGGGGAUUCCUAUCCAUUCGAUGGGCCUCGGGGGACUCUAGCCCAUGCAUUUGCUCCUGGAGAAGGCCUGGGAGGAGAUACACAUUUCGACAAUGCUGAGAAGUGGACUAUGGGAACGAAUGGUUUUAAUUUGUUUACCGUUGCUGCUCAUGAAUUUGGCCAUGCCCUGGGCCUGGCCCAUUCCACAGACCCAUCAGCACUGAUGUACCCAACUUAUAAGUACAAGAAUCCCUAUAGAUUCCACCUCCCCAAAGAUGAUGUGAAAGGGAUCCAGGCAUUAUACGGACCUCGGAAAGCAUUCCUGGGGAAGCCCACUCUGCCCCAUGCCCCCCAUCACAAGCCAUCCAUCCCUGACCUCUGUGACUCCAGCUCAUCCUUUGACGCUGUGACAAUGCUGGGGAAGGAGCUCCUGCUCUUCAAGGACCGGAUUUUCUGGAGACGGCAGGUUCACUUGCGGACAGGAAUUCGGCCCAGCACUAUUACCAGCUCCUUCCCCCAGCUCAUGUCCAAUGUGGAUGCAGCUUACGAAGUGGCUGAGAGGGGCACUGCUUACUUCUUCAAAGGUCCACACUACUGGAUAACAAGAGGAUUCCAAAUGCAGGGUCCUCCUCGGACUAUUUAUGACUUUGGAUUUCCAAGGCAUGUGCAGCAAAUAGAUGCUGCUGUCUACCUCAGGGAGCCACAGAAGACCCUUUUCUUUGUGGGAGAUGAAUACUACAGCUACGAUGAAAGGAAAAGGAAAAUGGAAAAAGACUAUCCAAAGAAUACUGAAGAAGAAUUUUCAGGAGUAAAUGGCCAAAUCGAUGCUGCUGUAGAAUUAAAUGGCUACAUUUACUUCUUUUCAGGACCAAAAACAUACAAGUAUGACACAGAGAAGGAAGAUGUGGUUAGUGUGGUGAAAUCUAGUUCCUGGAUUGGCUGCUAAAUAGAAAAGCCUAGUCUUCUCAAGCAAUGAGGAUGACUACAAGCAGCCUCUAACUGGAUCUUAAGGACUAAAGCAGAAUGUAGGAGAGAGAUUCUUCCAAAGGCCUUCAAAUCAAAUUAGAAUUCACUGAGAAUAAUAAUACUUCCAAUUUUUUUCAUAGUUAUAUUAUCAGAAUUUUAAUCCACAUUAGAAAAGUUUUUAUAUGGGCAACUUUAUACGAAAUCCAAAUCAACACAAUGCACUCUGCAGUUAGACACCAUUAUUUUUUUCUUACCUAAUAUACUGAAGCAAAUUGAUCAGUUUGAUUUUUAUUUCCAGGAGGAAGACUAGUGGUGGAUUCCAUGACAUAUAUUGUAAUUCUUUUCAUAGGAAAUGUCAUUACUGUAUGAAUUAUAAUUAUUUACAAGCAAUGGCUUUUGUGGCCAUCAUUUGGCCAUCAUUUGUUAUAAUAAAUAUAAAUUUCCCAAUUUUUUUAAAAGACAUCACAACAAAAUACUGCAUAAGAGUUGUUUCUUGUGUGUUUAACUUUGUGUCUACUCACUUGUCUCUGAUGUAGGCUUAGGUGGAUAAACCUAUUCAAACAAAUUUUCAUACUAGUCAAGAGAUGGGCACUUUGCAACAGAAAAAUUUUUUAACAAUAGCUAAUAAAAUGUUUUAAUAGAACAGUUCCUCAUUUCUUUUUUCUGUUAAUAUUUACUAGCUUCUAUAAUACUUUAAUUGGCUACCCACACAUCCUGUGUACCUAUAGAAAAAUUAAACCGUAAGAUAGCAUCAUAAGUACACAGACCCGGAAAGAAAUAACAGUAACUCAUUCUACUUCCUGCUUCCUGAAAACAGCCUCAGCGAAACUAUCUUUUACCCAGCUAAGUGAGCGUCUUUUGAAUAGUCUUACAUUCAGGGCAGUUCAUCUUUUUGUUUUAGUUUUUCUUACGUCAAGCUAAACCUUUUUCCCCUACCUAGUCAUCAGAAUAGAUAAAACUAUGGCUCUGUCAUUCUUAUAAUUUUGCUUUAAUCUUACUCUCUAGAAUGUAAAGAUUCUAAAAUAUUUUAGUGGUUCUAAAAUUUAAUGAUAAAAUACUUGUAAUACUUCAUAGACCUCCUGAUACAUCUACAGUGUUUAACAGAUGCUACUAUUGUUACCAUCAUUUAUUAAAUUUGUUUCAUAUAGUCACUUAAAAGACCUAAUAUUAAGAAAGGAUGGGGUAGUUACUCAAGAUUAUUCUACGCUUUCCAUUUGGUUUCUGUUACUGAAAGUGGCCACUUAUAGUCCACCAGAUGUUGAAUAUUUGUUGAAGACAAGGUCUGGCAUCCUUGCCUUCUAAUGUCAAGGUGCUUCUAUAGAGGAGAAAAGUCACUUUUGCAAAAACUGCUAAGAAGGACUUCUUACUAUCAAUAAGCAAGGAGAAAAACAGGCUGGAAAUUUCUUAAAAUAUUCAACGUAGACUUACCCCAUGACACAGCAGUUUCACUCCUAAGUAUAUACCUAUGAGAAAUUAAAACAUGUCUACACAAAAAACUUGCACAUAAAUGUUCAUAGCAUCGUUAUUUAUAAUAGCCAAAGAGUGGAAAAAUGUCCAUUGAGUAAUGAAUGAAUACGUAAAAUGUGGCAAAUUCAGACAACAGAAUGUUAUUUGACAAUAAGCAGAAAUGAAGUCCUAACACGUGCUGUAACAUGGAUGAAGCUUGAAAACAUCAUGCUAAAUGAAAGAAGCCAGACAGAAAAGGUCACAUAUUGUAUGAUUCUAUUUAUAUGAAACGUUCAUAAUAAAAAAAAAUCUAUGGAGACAUAAAGCGGACCAGUGCUUGUCAGUAGUUGGGGGAGGGGGUUAUAAGGAGUGACUACUAAUGGGUAUGAGGUUUUUAUUUUGGGGAUAAUGAAAAUGUUCUAAAACUGAUGAUGGUGAUGGUUGCACAACUCUGUGAAUAUAUUAAAAGCCAUUAAAUUGUACACUUUACAUGAG